AUGAAGUUUCUUGAAAUCGACUCGCUAGAUGCUCUGAAUUCAAUAUUCGAAUGGGAAACUACCGAAUGCAUACUCAAUGGCCGCAUUGAAGCCUAUUCUUGCAAAUCGGCUGGUUCCGACAAGAAGCUCUUCAAACAACUGGAAAACAAGUAUAGCCCUGCUGUGGACUUGACGGUGGGCUCCAUCUCGCCUGACGAUCUUCAGGUCAUUUCACCCUUUGGCCGUUUGGAUGAGGCCGCACCAAGGAGGACGUUCUUUUACCUCCUAGCAACGCUCAAUGCCGCCUAUCCAGAUAAUGACUUUUCGGAAGUACGCCCGGAUCAGUUUAGCAAGCAACACUCUUUGGAUCUCGUCAUCAAUUCAGUGAAUACAACGCUCUUCAACCUUGGCAAUGAUUUCAUCAUCAACCGAUACAGGAUGUGGGAUAUCUUGGAUGAUUUGGUACAGCUCAAGGAAUGCGACGUAUACAGUUACAACCCAGACAGCGAUGACGAUCCUAUGAAUGAAGAUGGCUAUUUAUGGUCAAUGAAUUACUUUUUCUUCAACCGCAAACUCAAGCGUAUGAUUUACUUUACUGUAAAGAGUCAAAGCUUGAUCAAUGCACCUGCCAGGGACGAUGAAGCUGAUUUUGAUGAUGGAGAGGAGGAUGAUGAUGACUCGAGACAACGACGCUAUGAUUAUUUAGUUAUGGGUGACAUGGAAGAUUAA